GGCUAAUGAACGAAAGGGAACCUUCAAAGUAGAAUACCUCCAAAAAAUAGAAAAAGAAGUCCAAGCCAAGUGGGAAGCGAGCAAAGCAUACGAGGAAGAUGCUCCUAAAAAAGCCAAGUCGAAAGAUGAAAAAUUCUUGGCUACUUUUCCGUUCCCUUAUAUGAAUGGCCGGCUACAUCUAGGUCACACGUUCUCUCUAUCAAAAUGCGAGUUCGCAGUGAGAUACAACCGACUCCUCGGAAAGAAAGUCCUCUUUCCUUUCGGCUUCCACUGCACCGGGAUGCCCAUAAAAGCCUGCGCCGACAAAUUAAUGCGCGAGAUGCAAGUCUUCGGCUACCCUCCAAACUUCCCCGACCAAAAGGAAGAAGUCACCACCAUAGAAGACGCAACUGCCGCAAUAAUCAAGGACAAAAGCAAAGGAAAAAAGAGCAAAGCCGUCGCUAAGGCCGGAACGGCUAAAUACCAGUGGCAAAUCAUGCGUAGUCUUGGAAUCGAAGAUUCCGAGAUAAAAAAAUUCGCUGACGCGUCCUACUGGCUGGACUAUUUCCCCCCUCGAGCCGUCAGUGAUUUAAAAUCAAUCGGCCUUCACGUCGACUGGCGGCGCACUUUCAUCACAACCGACGCAAAUCCUUUCUUCGAUUCCUUCGUAAGAUGGCAAUUCCAACAUUUAAAAGCCAAGAACAAAGUCAAGUACGGAAAACGCUACACUAUUUUUUCUCCCAAAGACAACCAGCCUUGCAUGGACCACGAUCGAUCCUCUGGAGAAGGUGUAGGUCCUCAGGAGUACACUCUAGUUAAAAUGAAAGUCCUUGAGCCUCCAAAGAAGCUCAAAAAUUUUACAAAUGUUUAUUUAGUCGCUGCGACUUUAAGACCCGAGACUAUGUACGGACAAACUAAUUGUUGGAUCCACCCAGAGAUUAAUUACAUUGCUUACACUUUGGCUAACAAUGACGUCUUUAUUUCCACUAAAAGAGCCGCGAGGAAUAUGUCUUACCAAGGAUUCAUGAAAGUUGAAGGAGAGAUUCCUAUUAUUGCCGAAUUUGUUGGCCAAGAAUUAAUGGGACUGCCUUUAAGUAGUCCCUUGACCAGUCAUAAGAUUAUUUAUACUCUUCCUAUGUUGACAAUUAAAGAAGACAAAGGUACCGGAGUUGUUACUUCAGUUCCCAGUGACUCUCCUGACGAUUACGCAGCGCUUGUUGAUUUAAAAAAGAAACAAGCUUUAAGAGAAAAAUACAAAAUCAAAGAUGAGAUGGUUCUUCCUUAUGAGCCAAUUUCUGUGCUAGAAAUUCCCGAAUUUGGUAAUUUAGCUGCCGUUACUUUAUACAACCAAUUAAAAAUCCAGUCUCAAAAUGACAAAGAAAAACUCCAGCAGGCCAAAGAGAUGGUUUAUUUAAAGGGAUUUUACGAAGGGGUGCUCUUAGUUGGAGAAUAUAAGGGUAAAAAAAUUCAGGAUGUAAAAAAAAUGAUCCAGAAGAAGAUGAUUGAUGAAAAAUCAGCUGUUGUUUAUUACGAACCUGAAAAAUUAAUUAUCUCGAGAUCUAAUGAUGAAUGUGUGGUUGCUCUGUGCGACCAGUGGUACUUGGACUACGGAGAAGCUUCGUGGAAAAAAGAUGCGCUAAAAGCGCUGGAAAAUAUCGAGACUUUUCACGAAGAAGUUAGAAAGAAUUUCUUGGCUUGUUUAGAUUGGCUGCAUGAGUAUGCUUGCUCGAGGACUUAUGGAUUAGGAAGUAAGCUACCUUGGGAUGAAAAUUGGCUUAUAGAGUCGCUAUCUGACUCUACGAUUUACAACGCGUAUUAUACAGUGGCUCACUUGCUCCAGGGUGGAAGUUUCAAAGGAGACAAGCCUAAUGUUUUGGGGAUUAAAGCUGAGCAAAUGACUCCUGAAGUUUGGGACUAUAUAUUUUUUAAAAAUGUUAAGUUACCUAAAACGGGGAUUAAAAAAGAGGCGCUGGAAAAUAUGCGCCGGGAAUUUCAGUACUGGUACCCGGUAGACUUGCGAGUUUCUGGGAAAGAUUUGAUCCAGAAUCAUCUUACGUUUUAUAUUUAUAACCAUGUGGCAAUUUGGGAAAACCAGGAGGAAAAUUGGCCACGUGGAAUUAGAGCCAAUGGACACUUGAUGCUGAAUUCCGCGAAAAUGUCCAAGUCCGAGGGGAAUUUCUUGACUUUGACUGAAGCUGUGGAGAAGUUUUCUGCUGAUGGUAUGAGAUUGUGUCUUGCAGACUCGGGAGAUUCUGUUGAAGAUGCUAAUUUUGUUGAGUCUAUGGCAGAUGCUGGGAUUUUAAGGUUGUAUACUUUUAUUGAGUGGGUAAAAGAGGUUGUGGAGACUGAAAAUACUUUCAGGAAAGGAAAGCCGGUUACUUUUAAUGACAAGGUCUUUUUAAGUGAGAUGAAUUUGAAGAUUCAGGAGACUAAGGAGAAUUAUGAAAAAAUGUUGUAUAAGGAAGCUUUGAGGACGGGAUUUUUUGAAUUGCAGACUGCGAGGGAUAAAUAUAUACAGCUUAGUGCGUUAGAGGGAGUCAAUUGGGGUUUAAUUAUGGAUUAUAUUGACCUGCAAACUAUUUUAUUGGCUCCGAUUUGUCCGCAUGUUUGCGAACAUGUUAGGAGUGUUAUUAAUAAGGAAAGUGUUCUUAAAGCAAGAUGGCCUGAAGUUGGAAAUAUUGAUAAUAUUUUGAUAAAAUCUUCGCAGUAUUUAAUGGAUGCGGCGCACUCUUUUAGGAUCUUGUUGAAGAAUUAUAGUGUGAAGAAAACUGGCAAGGGAAAAAUGGAGAAAACUGAGGGAGAGAAACCGGACCGGGGAAUAAUUUGGGUCGCUAAAACAUUUCCUCCGUGGCAAAGUAUGGUUUUGACGACGAUGAAGGAGCUUUAUUGUAAGAAUAAUAAUUUGUUGCCGGAUAAUAAAGUUAUUAGUGUGGAAUUGGGGAAGAGGAAUGAACUUAAGAAGUAUAUGAAGCGAGUGAUGCCGUUUGUGCAAACUACGAGGGAGAAGAUGCAAACUGUAGGGAUUAAUGCGCUAAAUUUGACACUGGAGUUUGAUGAAGUUAGUGUUCUUAAGGGGAGCAAGGAGUAUUUGAAGAGUACGCUUGAUUUGGAGGAUAUUGAGAUCCAGUAUACUGAUAAUGCGCCGGAGAAAACUAAGGAGGAAUGCUGUCCUGGAGCGCCGUAUAUUAGUUUCUUUGCGAGUCCAGGGGUGGGGGUUAGGGCGAUUAAUCCGCAGAAGUGCAGUGGGCUUUUUACGGUGGGUGUUAAGGUUUGCGAGGGGAAUACUGCGGAGGAUGUCAAGGGGAAAAUUGCGAAGGAGAAUAAACGGAUUAAAGAUGUAUCAUCGGUGCUUCUCUACCGGUACGAAGACCCAGUCCUAGGACCUCGAACAAUAUCUCACCUGGAGAAUAUUCUCAAUGGAAAAGUACUGAUACCUUCAGACGCAGUAUUCAACGUCAACCUUGAAACUAAAACAAUAAAAAUUAAUAGCAAAUCAAGCAAAGAGAGCCAUUCACUAGGAGAUGAAAUUUUGUACUUUAUCAAGUAG